UACGCUAAUUCAAUUAACCGUGUUCUCGUUGAUUUUCUCCUCUUCUCUUCUCUUCUCUUCUCAUGGCUUCCUCAGUCGAUCACAAGCAAAUCUAUGGCGCCGGCACCACCGCAGCUCCGCCGCCAACGCCGUCGUCACAAACCAGUCACCUCUCCACCUCCGCCGCCGCCGAUGCUCUCUCGCGCCUCCUCCACCGCCUCCCGCCCAAUCUCUCCCUCCCUACUCGCCGCUCGCCUUCCGUUAGGUCUCCUCCAACUAUUUCCUUUUCAGAAACUUCGAAUCCUUCACUUCUCGAUCGCCUUCUCUCUGCCUCCUCCGAACUCGGCUUCUUCCAACUCACCGAUCACCAAAUCUCCUCUCGCCUCGCUCUCUCUGCCGAGUCGGAAUCCGCCGCGCUCUUCGGUCUUCCGAUGGAGACGAAGGAAUCUCUGUUUCCGAAGAACUGGCCGCUCGGAUUCAAAGGCGACGGAGAUGAAGAUUCAGACGGAAGCGGAAACGGCGAUUCGUUUUCGUUCUGUCUCGAUUCGACGCCGUGCUCCUCCGAUUCAGCCGAGAUUUCCUUACAUUCGUUGCAGGAGUUCGUUCGUGCAAUGGAGAAGCUCGGAUUGAAGAUUGUCGAGUUUCUAUCUCGUGCGAUUGGCUUCGAGAAUCCAAUCGGCGAGGAUCGUACCAGAUUCCGGUCUCUAAUAUGGAUAUCGGAAGGUUCACGGAGAGCCGAACCGGCAGUGGCCGGCGGAUUCUACCCGUACAUCGUGGGAUUACAGUACCAGAGCAGAAACCAGAAGUGUUCUCUAUUAGGGGAUUCCAGCUGGGUUACGGCGGCGGCGGCGGCGGACUCUGUGAUGGUCUCCAUUGGGGACAUUGCGCAAGUGUGGAGCAACGGAAAGCUAAAGAAAGUGAGAGGAAGGCCGGUGGCAGUGGCGGCGGAUCCCAACGGCGGCGGCAUCUCAAUAUCGCUACUCAUAACUCUUCCGGCCGAAAGCGAAGUUCGUCCUCUAAUUACUCCUCCGGCGAGAUCCGACCGGCGAGACGAGGCGGCGGAGGAGGAAGAAGAGGAGGUGAAAAUGGCGUUUAAAUCAUUUUGGUUGGAAGAGUACGCGUGGAGAGUGCAUCACGAUCGGUGCUUUCUCCUCAAAGAUCCGCUGGACAGAUAUCGGAUUUGAGAUCAUUUUCCUUUUCUGAGUCCAUCGCCAUUGUUGUUUCUCUUCAAACCACAGCUGUGGAGUCUCAAGCCUGAACCGGCCGGUACGUACGUGGUGUGUUCAAUUCACUGUUUUUUUUUUCUUUUCUCGCUCUCUCUACCAAUUUUCUUUUGAACAGUUUUUAUUGCGUAUGCUUGUGACAAUUUUGUUUCAAAUUUAAAUAAUCCUAUGAUAUAUAUAUAA